AUCAAUUUCUUUAAUUUUCGUAAUUUAAAUAUUUCUGUAGGAUUUUCUUUAAAAAUCAUUGCGGGAUUUAUUUUUCUCGGCACUGCCUGCGGAGCACCUUCUCAGGAGGUAAUUAAUAGUUAGUUAAUUAAAUUAGCUGAUGAAUUUCAUUAAUAAAAAUAAUUGCAGAUCCAUCAUCAUAUGACACCAGAGGAAAGACUGAAAAUUUUUCAUACAGCAGGAACUUUUGUACCGCCAUAUGAAGUCGUAACAGUUCACUCAUCUCGCGUACAAAAGCGGGACAUUAACGCCGGACAUAUGAUGGAAAUGCAAGCUUAUGGUCAGCGUGUUAAAGCAUGGGUUACACCAAUCGAUGGAACACUAGCAACUGAAAAUACACCGAUUUAUACCAUCGAUUCAUCUCCAUAUGGACCUCAAUAUUCCGAAUAUACUGACGCAAUGAAACAAAUGAUUAAAUAUCUCUAUGAAAAUAAAGCUCAGGCAAUUACUGUCUCGGUUGAAGAACGCCCUGAUGGUAGUCGAGCAAUGAAUGGUAUACUUGGAAAACAUAAUUUAUACAUCAAAUCCUUACCCGAUCGUCUGAGAGAUUACUUACGUCGUUACGGAAGAUCGGUUGAUGAUUUCGAAUCCGAGCACGAAGACAAAUCUUACCAUAUUGUUUACGAAAUGCCGAAAACUGCUGACAAUAAAACUCUAAUGACUCCGCUGACCCAAUCGAUAAGACCGAAACGUUCUGCGCAAAAUUCUCAAGUACUCUAUCCUGAGAUUCUACUUCUUGUCGACUAUACUUUGUAUUCUAAAAUCGGGGGAAAUAUCUGGGAUGCUGUACCGUAUCUUUUAAGCUUCUGGAAUGGCGUUGAUAUAAUGUAUCGAACCCUCACCGAACCAAAAUACAGAUUAAAUAUCGCAGCAAUUCUUUUAGCUAAAGACCCAGAAGCUUUGGAGUACAUUCAACAUUUACAAUAUCCAAACAUAGACGUCGACACAACAUUGACUUUCAGCGGAUAUUGGCUGUACCAAAACCGAGAGGUAUUUCCAAUUGAUAGCUACGAUAUCGCUGUUACAAUGACAUCACAUACUCUAUGGGUUAAAGAUAAGAAGACUAAUACUUUCCGCGAUGGAAUACUUGGUGUUGCAUGGGUAUCAGGAGCUUGUGGAGUUAGUCGUUAUAAUGGAAAUAUGACUAAGACUGCGGUUGUUCAUGAUGAGGGCGCUUAUACCGGUAUUCAAACUGCGGCUCAUGAAUUGGGUCACUCACUUGGAGCUUCUCACGAUGGAUCUGAUCAUGCAGACUGUGAACAUAACGAGGGUAAUAUAAUGGCUGGUAGUUCAGUUGUUAAUUCAACAAAAUCACAUGAAUGGUCGUUAUGCAGUAGACGUGACUUAAACAAAUUCUUGAACGAAAAACAAUCAGACUGCCUUACUAACCGACCCAAAAAAGGUGAAGCGGUACCAAGAUUACUGCCUGGUAAAUUGAUGGACGCUAACGAUCAAUGCUAUAUGUACAGAAAAGCUAAAGCUGUAUUCAUUGAACCUAGUAUUUGUCAUCAGCUGAAUUGUUUUCUGGAAGGAAAUCCCUUGGCGUAUAGUCCAUUGGGCUCGGCUGCUGCAGAUGGUACUCCUUGUGGCAACGGUUUGAUUUGUCUUCAUGGUCAAUGUUUGGAUGAAAACAUAAUCAUGUAAUUUUAUUUUAUAUAAUACAGCUCUCAAUGAACGCCAUUAAAUGUCCGACAUCAGCCUCAUAAAUUUUUUCAUUAAAUACUCAUCAUUUCUCAUUGGUCGGGUGCAGUGUUUUAACUUUUUUAAACCACUAAUGUAUCCGUUUUACCUCGAAAUUUGACAAAAUGGGCGUCAUAUGUAUCACCUGUUAUGCCUCCGUACAUUAUUUUCACGGUCAUUUCCAACAGUGCUGACAGUGAUGUUCUUACGCUCGCUAUCGGCCGCAUGACUACUUAUUGUUUAAAUUUUCUCAGAGCGUAAUAAUAUCAGUUGUAGCAUCACCUGCAAUCGCUGACAGCUGGUAGUUAAUCGGAAAGAAGGACUGAAAGCAUUAAGAAUAAUUACAGAAUUAUUAAUUAAGAAUAACUUUGGCUCAAAUAGAAUAGAAGUAUCAUUCCUUAGUUUUAUAAUUAGAAAUAUUAUUAUCAUAGUUGUAAGAUAUUCAAAUCCAUUUGCUAUCAUUAUAUUUGUAAUACAUUUAAAGUGAAGUUUUCUGUGUUAUUUCUAAAUAAAUAAGUGAAACUUUAUUAAAAUUAAAAUUCGAGUGUCGUUAUUAUUCAAGAGGAUACCUAAAAAUUCCCAAGGCAUAACAUACCACUCAAAUUUCGUGAUAAUAGUCAUGUUGACAUGGUGGCCACAUUUCUGG